AAUUAUUAUAAAGGUAUUCUACUCAUCAGGUAUAAAAUAAAAGCAAGCAGUUUAUAUGUACUGAAAAAAAUAUCUCUCCGUAUUUGUGUUCAGUUUUGUAAGACGCCUAAAGGGAUACAGUAGACCAAUAAAAAGGCGGACGUAGCCAUAUUGAACAAUGUGUUGCUGUGGAUAUGAACUUAUCUCAUAUGUGAUUAUGUUUAUCUUGACAAUAAUCACUACAAUUUACCUUGUCAGUGGAGAAGAUUAUCUAAUGAUGAAUGAAGAUUUAAGCAAAUUAGGCGGUUUAACAACAAUGGAAACAACAAUUGAUCCAGUUGUAUUGGAAUCAUACCGUAAAAAUACGAUUAAGUCAUUAACGAUCUUUGGAAUAAUAUUUGGUUCAAUGAAUGUGAUUUGUUGGAUCGCAUCAAUUAUAAAAGCGAUUUCAGAUCGUAAGAAAAUAAAGAAAAGAAAUUUAGCCAGACAGAAGGCCAGUAUGUUCAAAUCAGAAAGUCAUAGAAAUACAGUGUUAAAAGAUCUGAUAGAACCAGAAAAACCACACCUGACCUUACCUAGUAUUGUUGAUAACGUGGUACAGACUAAAAGACAAAAUACUGUGAGUACACCAAAUACACCAGAAUCUCCUACUACUGUUCAUCAUUUCUCAAGAUGUUCAAGUCUGCGACGUUCUGGAUCGUUUAAAAGAUCAACUGUUGAGAUAUCAACACCGAAUUCACCAAGUGAUGUUCGUUAUAAAUCAAAUGAAAAAGAUAUAUCAGUUAAUUUUGUCAAUCCACGUGUGUAAAACGCCCAUUCACUUUGUAUUAAUUAACAUUAAACAAAAUUAUAUAAUAAUCUUUUUGUUUUGAUAGAACAGUAUUUUAAUAACCACCCCUUUAAAGACUAUGUGAAAUUACUAUAUUUGUAAUCAAGUUAGCUAAUUUAUCUAAAUAUCCCUUCAAUAUUUUAAACUCAUUUUAAAGGUUAGCUUACAUACAUAUUUUUUACCACUGUGAGAAUCUAUUUUAAAUAAAUACAAGUUACAAAGUAUU